AUGGACUCAACAACAAUGCCAGAAACAGAGACCCCAUCAUCUUCAACAGGUUCUUUACUUAUUCGAGCUCCUUUAACUCUUGAUUCUGAUUCUGAAUAUGAACUUGAAACUGCAAGUACUGUUGGGGGGAGUAGUUUCAAUAGUUAUGAGAAUAACAGUGAGUUAGGGGGUUCUGAAGAGGGUUUUUUGAGUGGUAAUGAGGAGUUCGAGACUGGUUCAGAGAAGGAUAGGCCUUUAGAUGGAGACCCAGAUGAGGGAAUUGAAUUGGGUGGUGAAAAUAAUGGUGGGGUUAGUGAAAGGUACAAAAUUUAUGUGGCUAACAAAGAUGAUGAUGAUUUGGAUAGCUUGGAGAAUUCAAUGGCGGAUGAGGAAGAGAGUGGUGGUGUUGAUGUUCCUGUUGCUCAGGUGUCAAUGGAUGAUGAAAUGUUUGAUGAAAUCCCUAGUGAUGAAGAUGCUGGGUUUUCUGGGGUGGUUAAGGUUCCUGGUAGUGUUGAAAGUUCACCUAGAGUGAACAUGGCUACGGGGGUUGAAGGUGAAGAAGAUGAAGAUGAAGAACAGCCAUUGGUUAAUUCAGAGGUUGAGAAUGGUGGUUUGGAAGAUUUUGUAGGUGAAGAUAAGGGGCUUAAUUUAGAAGAGAGCCAAAAAGAUGAUGAGGAUGGUGAGCCUUCUGUUGAUAAAAGCAUUCCAACGGAAACUCCGGGUGAGGAGAGGGUCGAAUUGGUGCACAGAAACAGUGAUGAGAUAGAAGAGAAUGGUUCGGUUACGGUUAGUGAUUCUCAACCUGUGGUGGAAGCCAGUGACGAGGUUGUUGUGUCUGAUAUGAAAGAAUCAAGUGAUACCGACUCGGUUGAAGUCUUGGCUCCUAUGUCGAUUGUAGACCACGAUGUUCAACCAGGAGUAGAAGAUAUAGCUAAGGGUGUUGGUGAGAAAGGUUUCCUUUCAGAUGAUGAUCUUGUGCAACUGAUUUUCGGAAGCUCUGAAAUGACCGAACAAGUAGCGAAUGAGGUAGAUUCAGAGGCUCGGUUAGAGACGGUGAGUCAACAGAUUGUCGUAGAUUCAGAUGAAGAAGAGGAAGCUGAGAGUGAAUAUGAAGAAGCAAAAGAGCUACUCAAUUCUGCUACAUUGGCUGCUCUUUUGAAAGCUGCAGCAGGUGCUGAAUCAGGUGGUGUUGGCCUCGCAAUCACUUCCCCAGAUGGCUCUAAGGUAUUCCCUCUCGAUGGAUCUGCUCAUUCGAGUUCCUUGUUGCAAUCUUCGAAAGUUAUUCCACCAUCGAAUGUGGUUGACAAUGCGUCGAAGGGAAAUAUAAGUCAUGAAGAUAAGCAGAGAUUUGAAAAGUUGCAACGACUAAGAGUGAAGUUCUUGAGACUUGUACAGAGACUAGGUCAUUCUCAUGCUGAUCCAAUGGUGGCGCAGGUGCUGUACCGACUGGCCAUUGCCGCAGGUAGUCUUUUCAGUCGAGAAUUCACCUUUGAAUCAGCCAAGAGAGCUGCAACGCAGCUUGAAGCAGAAGGCAAAGAUGACUUGGACUUUUCUUUGAACAUUGUGGUUCUUGGCAAAACUGGAGUGGGAAAGAGUGCAAGCAUUAAUUCCAUUUUGUGCGAGCAAAAAUUGAGAAUAGAUGCUUUUGAACCGGCCACAACCUCUGUGAAGGAGAUUGUUGGAACGGUUUAUGGGGUCAAGAUGAGAAUCUUGGAUACACCUGGUCUUCAAUCUCCCGUGAUGGACGAAGGUACUAAUCGCAAAGUAUUAGCAUCGAUAAAGAGGUUCAUAAGGAAGUUCCCACCUGAUGUUGUUCUUUAUGUUGAUCGUUUAGACGCACAUGACAAAGAUCUUACUGAUUUUCUAUUAUUGAAGUCCCUCACGGAUUCUCUCGGUUCAUCAAUAUGGCAAAAUGCCAUUGUGACUCUUACUCAUGCUGCAUCUGCUUCCCCAGAGGGGCCGAUGGGGGAACCCCUAAGUUUUGAGGUCUUUGUUGCUCAAAGGUCUCAUGUGAUUCAUCGAGCUAUCAGCCAAGCAGUUGGCGAUCUGCGUCUAAUGAAUUCGAGUAUGAUGCAUCCCGUGGCUCUCGUUGAGAACCAUCCAUCAUGUCCUAGAGACGGAAAUGGAGAAAUUUUGCUUCCGAAUGGGCAAAGUUGGAUGUCACAGUUGCUACUCUUGUGCAAUUCAGUGAAGAUCUUAUCUGAAGCAAGUUCAUUGUCGAAACCACGAGAACAAUUUGAUCACCAGAAGCUUUUUGGCUUCCGACUUCGUUCCCCACCUCUAGCUUACUUGCUGUCUUCUUUGUUGCAGUCCCGAUCUCACUUCAAACUACCUAACAAUGAAGGCAGUGAGGAUGUUGACUUGGAUACUGAGUUGGGAGGCUGGACAUAUUCCGAUGAAGAAGAUAAUGAUGAAUAUGACCAGCUUCCACCAUUCAAGCCUCUGAAGAGAUCUGAGGUUGAUAAACUUAGCAAAGAAGAGAGAAAAGCUUACUAUGAGGAGUAUGAUUAUCGUGUUAAGCUACUGCAAAAGAAACAAUGGAGAGAGGAGGUAAAAAGCAUGAGGGAAAUCAAGAAGAAAGGGAAAGAUGGUGAUGAUAAUAAUGGUUAUAUCGGAGAUGAUGGAAAUGCGGAAGAAGGCGAUCCAGCUACUAUACCACUCCCUUUGCCUGACAUGGUCCUCCCUCCUUCGUUCGAUGGAGACAACCCUACUUAUCGGUACCGAUUUCUGGAUUCUGCUUCACAGCUUCUCAGUAGGCCUGUUUUGGACUCACAGCCUUGGGAUCAUGAUAUCGGAUAUGAUGGUGUUAGCCUCGAAAGAAGUCUUGCUAUAGCGGGUUAUUAUCCGGGGGCAUUUGCUGUUCAAAUCACAAAGGAUAAAAGAGAAUUCAACAUCCAUUUGGAAUCUUCAGUCUGUACUAAACAUGGAGAGAAUGUAUCUACCAUGGCAGGACUCGACGUCCAAACUGUCGGAAAACAGCUUGCUUACAUCUUCAGGGGCGAAACGAAAUUUAGAAAUUUUGAAAUAAACCGAACUACUGCUGGUUUAUUGGUUACUUUCCUAGGUGAAAAUGUGGCUACCGGACUCAAGAUUGAAGAUCAGAUUGCAGUAAGCAAACGCUUGCUUUUGGCUGGAACUGCUGGGGCUAUGAGAUGCCACGGUGAUACAGCAUAUGGAGCUAACAUCGAAUUCCGGCUAAAGGAUAAGGACUUUCCUGUUGAGCAAAACCAGACCACAUUCGGACUGUCUUUGGUGAAAUGGAGGCGAGACCUGGGUCUAAUGGCCAACUUGCAGUCUCAAUUCUCUAUCGGACAUAGGUCUUCAAUGGCUGUUCGUGUCGGAUUGAACAACAAGCAGAACGGACAAAUCAAUAUCAAAACAAGCAGUUCAGAUCAAUUACAUAUAGCACUAGUUUCUUUUCUUCCAAUUGCAGCCUCCAUUUUUAGAAUGGUCUAUCCCGGCUCUGAUUCUAAAAUUUCUGCAUAUUAGCAUUUUCAUAAUAGGGGUUCUUCCACUCUGAACUUCAAUGGUGCUAAAUUUUGCUUAGUAUUUAGUAGUUUUAAUUUGUUUUAGCAACUUGGCAGGGUGUUCUUAAUUUGUUUAUCUAGCCGAGUUCAGGCUCAAGCUUUUAAGGUUUGAAUUCUAAUAAGAUAAAGUUCGAAUUCCUCGAAA